UGAACUGGGAAAAAUCUGUUUUACUCACAAAUCGUAAUGAUAAUAAUAACGCAUUUACUUGCAUUAUCAAUGGUACUCCUACUGUAAUUCCUCCGCUCUCACUUAACGAAUCUACAAGAUACUUGGGGGUUUGGAUAUCACUCGGGCGUAAUAAAACCUUCACCCACAAAUUGGAUCGAAUAUAG